CAAGACUAAGAGGCAACUCAAGGAGAGCAAAGAAAAGGACAAGGCGAAGGUCCACGCGUUCAUCGGGAGCCGUAAGAACAAGGGCAAGGUCCUCGACGAGAAGUGUCGCCUCAAGUUGGUCCGCCAGAUGGUCACCAAGCAGCUGAAAAAGGAGAGAAAGCUGAAGGACCAGGCCAAGAGGAUCGAGGAGACGCCCACGACGGCUCCUCCAGAAGACGACGACGCGAAUGAGAAGAACUUCUUAGACUUCCUCUGCGAGACUGAGUCCUUCUUGAUGAAGGCUGGCGGCUCCGAGACCCAGGAGCUCGUGCAGGGCAUGCGCAUGGCCGCGCUCUGGGGGAUCUUCAAUGGCAAGGUCGAGGUCUCGAUCGACGGCGA